ACCCAGACAUGCGUAGUGUCACGUGCAUCAAGAACAGGCCUCCGUUGGGCUAAGGCUCAUGGUCUUGCACUGGGUAAUUGGGCUUGUCCUUAUGGGGCAGGGAAAAGUUUCUGUCGCUUCUUUAAAGGACCGAAAAUUUUCCGUUUUGCUUGCUCCGAGUCUGAUUCUCUCCCUCAGUCGUUUCUCAGGAAGACGGUUUCUACAGAAUAUUACAAAUCAAAAGGGCACCAUUGCAAAGUUACAAAUCUAGUGACAACUAGGGUUUAACAGACCACCAACUGAGGAGAGAAAAAUAAAAUAAAAUAAAAUAAAAAGCUAGGGUUUAUCAGAGAGCGUUUGAAUCAAACAUCUUCAAUUCAUACUUCUAUUGCACCAAAAAAAAAAAAAAAAAAAAAAAAUAAAAAAAAAAAAAAAAAAAAAGAAGAAAAAUAGUGGAAGGGAGAGCUGUGACUCUCUCUCACUUGAUUUUUUUGACAAUGAGUGCCGCAGAGAGCAAUUCAAUGGAGUUCAUAGUCUCUUCUCUCUCAAGCAGCUUUAAACAAGUCCCUUUGCCAGCUAUCCCACCAAUGCUUGAUUGCAUUUUAGCAUCCACAGGCUUGUCUUCAGCUUCACUUUUCUAUUCCCUUCUUGACUCUUUUCCUAAUCUCAGCAAGGAUUUUAUCAAGGAGGACCAGAAGUUGGAUUCUGGUUGCUGUGACUUUCUUAUGUCAAUUGUGGGAGCACUUUGUCACCUUUUGAAGAAGCUUGGGAUUAAUCCUAAUAGCAUGCAGUCAUUUAUCUGGAGAUGCUUUAUUCCAUUGAUGAAGAUGGUUCAUGUAUUGGAGCGUGAGUUGCUUAACCAGAUCGUAGAGUCCUUCUUUAAUGCUGUGACCGUGACUGAUUCUUGGGGUGUUUUAGAAGCUACAUUGGUGCCAUUUUUCCUGAGAUCAGCUGGUCUUUCAGUAGGUAUGUCUCAAAAUGAAGAAUCAGAUAUCUUUGAAUGGGAUCAGUAUUCAGUUCUGCAAGGUUUAGAUGGCAUGAUAGAUAAUUUGAAUCUGGAUAAAGAGUUUAUCCUCUCUCUAUCUGGGUCAUUUCCACUUUCCAUAUCAUGCCAUGUUUUAACCUUAAUACUAGAUUCUGCUCUGCAAAGUUUCCAGGCAGCUUCAACUACAGAAUCAAUGUUGGAAAAUGACUCUUGUUAUGCGGAUCAGUUGUUUAGCAAAUUGCUUUGGGAUCUUUGCAAUAUGAGUGAGCGAUUAUUUUCACGAAGUUUGGAACACCGGUCUUGUGCUAUUAGCUUUCUUCUCCCAGUCCUUUUUAAAUCAUUUGUUUCACAUCACUCUUUGGAAAUCUCAGUUGAUGGGAGGGCAUGUGUUCUUUCCAGACACAUUUUCUCUAAGAAAAUAUGGAAUUGCUGCAAAUCACUGCUGUCUUGCGGACCUUUGGAGAGAAGAGAUGCAUAUUGUGUGCUCUCUCUAUACUUGUCCUUCCUCUCGCGUGUGGAGAGAUGUCAGAAUGCUGAUGCAAGUGUUAGAGCAGAAGAAUUUGACGUGAGAGCUGAAAGAGAAUUUUGGGUUGAAAUAAAAAGGGGCCUGGUUGAUGAGGAAAGCUUAGUGAGGAAGCAAUCAUUACAUAUAUUGAAAAGAGUACUACAAAUAAGUGAAGAGGGCCAGCGCAACUCUUUUGUUCCAGAGAAGAAAUCACGAGAGAAACAUUCAGUCCCUCAUGGUAUGACAAAAAGGGAAAUGUGGGCUAACAAGGAAGCUAAAUCACUGGGUGUAGGGGAAAUCUGUAGUUCAAUUGAUUCUCCCUUAGACAUUCAGCAGCAGUGGGAGGCAUUCAUACUUCAAUAUGAGAUGCUUGAAGAGUAUGGUACUCAUCUGGUAGAAGCUGCCUGGGAUCAUCAGAUAACCUUGUUGCUUCAGUUUUCAGUAUCACGUGAUAAUUUCGCGAGCUCUAUUUGUGGGAGAGUUUGCCAGAGUGAGGUUGAAGAUUUAGGUGAAGUUUUUACUUGGUUAACAAUUUUGUGGCAACUGGGUUUUCGUCAUGACAAUCCCCAAGUUAGGUGCUUGAUCAUGCAGUCAUUUUUGGGCAUUGAGUGGAUGGAGUAUGGUGAUGCUGCAAAAUCAGUGCCUGAAAGUUUUGUUCUUGGUCCAUUUAUUGAAGGAUUAAAUGACCCUGUCCACCACAAAGAUUUUGGUGUAAAAGGAGUUUACACUUCAAGGACUAUUGAAGGAGCAGCCAAGUUUCUAUAUCAAUAUACAAGACAUCUAAAUGUGAGGAAAGGAAUUGACUUUUUGCAUAGUUUAGCAUUGAUUGCUAAACAUCAGUCUUUUGGUAGAGCUGGAUUAAUGGGUCUUGCUGAAUGUAUUGCUUCAGCUGCUUCCGGAGUAGGAAUACAGGAUGAUAAUGAAGUUGAAUGGAGCGAAGAUGCUUCUCCUAAUGCAGUUCAGUUGAAAUCUUCUUCAAACAAAAUUCACCACCUCGACAAAACAGACUUAUUGGAUACUUUGAGAUUUGUCAUUGAGAGCAGCAAACAACAUUUCAACCCUAAUUAUCGUCUUCGAGUGUGUGAAAAAGUUCUGGAGGCUGUUGCUUCUGUUGUCAGUACAUUCAAUGUGCCACUAGAGGUUCUCUUGCACUUUGUUUCAACAUUGCCACGGGAGUUUACUGAUUAUGGGGGUUCGUUAAGAGAAAAAAUGCAAGAAUGGCUUUUUGGGGGUGAUAAGUUUUACAGUUCUAAUAACAAUAGUAAUCAGAUUAAGCUUCUGAAAAGCCUUCAGGAAUUCCCAGAAAGGUUUACCAGCUCCCAAGUUUUUGUCGACACUUUUGUUAGUUUUGAUGACGAAGACUUGGAUGCAUGGGAAUCUGAAGCAAAAAGAUGGGCAAGAAUGCUAUUUCUUGUAAUCAAGGGGGAAGAUCAAUUAGGGCCUAUAUUCACGUUUAUUCGCAAGUAUGGGGUUAACAUCUGUGAAGAAUUCAAUCGUGUUGGUUGUUCACCUGUGAAAUUUUUUGUCAUUACCAUUAAUCUGGUUGCAGAGAUUCAACUAAUGCAGGAGAAAGCACUUGACAAUGGUAUCAGAAUUAGAAAUAAACCCAAAGUUAGUUUGUUUGAGACAGUGGAUCAAUUGGAUUGUGCAGAAGCUUCUAUAAUCAAUGGAAAAUUGUCUGAUAUUUUUCUGUCAAUACUGGACGAUCUGGUCAAUUUUGCUUGUGCAUCUUGUUCCAUUUUCUUAACUAGCACUGCCAGGGACACAAGUCUUCCCAGUUCUGUGAGAGGAAAACUUGGAGGUCCAAGUCAACGUCGGCUUUCAUCUUCAACCAAUAUAUAUAUAUAUAUAUAUAUUUAUAAAAAGCCGAUAACAUCAAUCCGAGCAGUUGCAUCUAUCAUGUCAUGGUGUGCACAGUUUACCAGUGAUGUUCAUCUCAAGUUUGCUUGGACUUUUAUGUGGCAAUUCUUUUGGAAGACUGUUUCAUCUCCGACUUGUGGUUCUGAGAAUGGAGCAGAAAUUUGUCUAGCAGCAUAUGAAGCAUUAGUUCCGGUUCUCAGAUCUAUAGCCUCUACAUUCUCUCCACGAGCUAUGGAUCUUAUUAUGGAAAAUGACAAAUCAUCAACAUCUGCAGAAGGCAGUUGCUUAGAUCAGUUGGUUCUGUCUUUCCUUCAAAAUAUAAAUAAUCUUCUUGCUGUUGGAGUAUUGGUGCGAACCCGAAGAGCGGUGUUACUGAAUUGGAAGUGGCUAUGCCUAGAAUCUCUGCUAUCCAUUCCUCAAACUGCUGUUGAGAAUGGGAUUCAUUUAGAGGAUAAUAGAUCAUUCUUCUCAGAUGCAGUAAUCAGAUACAUUUUUAGUGAUCUUGUUGAAAGCCUUGAGAAUUCUGGAGAAAGUUCUGUUUUGCCAAUGCUGAGAUCCAUCAGAUUGACCUUGGGGCUCUUGUCCUCUGAAAGUUCAGGUUCACUUGUUUCAUCAUGCAAUGAUGUGGAUUCACAGAUGAUGUGGCAUUUGGUUCGUUCCUCUUGGAUAUUGCAUGUCAGCAACAACAAGCGGAGGGUUGCAUCUAUUGCUGCACUUUUGUCUUCUGCCUUACAUACUUCUGUGUUUGCUGAUGAGGGGAUGCAUUUAAUUAACAAUGUACCUGGACCUCUGAAGUGGUUUGUUGAAAAUAUUCUCGAGGAAGGUACCAAAAGUCCCCGCACAAUUCGCCUUACAGCAUUGCAUUUGACAGGGCUCUGGCUUUCACAUCCAAGGAUAAUUAAGUACUACAUAAAAGAACUAAAGCUUCUUACACUCUAUGGUUCCGUUGCAUUCGAUGAAGAUUUUGAAGCUGAACUAACUGAAAACCGUGAGGCAAGGAUUGAAGUUUCAUUGUUGGCUAAAAGCCCAGAUUCUGAGCUGACUGAAGCAUUUAUCAAUACGGAAUUAUAUGCCCGUGUCUCUGUUGCUGCUCUAUUCUACAAGCUGGCUGAUUUGGUGGGGUCAACAAAUGAAAAUGAAGAUUAUUGUGCUGCUAUUGAAUCUGGCAAAUUGUUUCUGCUAGAGCUUCUUCAUUCUGUGGUUAACGACAAAGAUCUUGCAAAGGAGUUGUAUAAAAAGUACAGUGGGAUCCAUAGGCGUAAAAUACGUGCUUGGCAAAUGAUAUGUAUUUUGUCACGAUUUGUAACUGAUGAUAUAGUUGAGCAAGUUACUGGCUGCUUGCACAUUGCCCUUUAUAGAAACAACUUGCCUGCUGUUCGACAAUAUUUGGAGACAUUCACAAUUAAUAUUUACAUAAAAUUCCCAUCAUUGGUUGCGAAACAUUUGGUUCCUAUAUUACGGGAUUAUGACAUGAAGCCACAGGCACUCUCUUCCUAUGUGUUCAUAGCAGCUAAUGUCAUUCUCCACUCAUCUAGUAGGUUUCUAUCCAGUCAUUUGGAUGAAUUACUCCCUCCUAUAGUCCCAUUGUUAACCUCGCAUCACCACAGCUUACGAGGAUUUACUCAGUUACUAGUCUACCAUGUUUUUUCUAAAUAUUUUUCUUUGGUGGACUCUGGAGCCUCUGAAACCAUCCCUUUGGAAAAGAAGUGCUUUGAAGAUAUGAAAUUAUACCUUGCAAAGAACCCUGAUUGUAGGCGCUUACGAGCAUCAAUGGAAGGAUAUCUUGAUGCCUACAAUCCCAUUAUCUCCAGUACUCCAGCUGGAAUUUUUGUAAACCGGGUCGAGGAGCUUGAGUUUGAAUGUGUUCCAACAUCCCUCUUGGAGGAAGUGCUCAAUUUUCUAAACGAUGUAAGGGAAGAACUCAGAUGUUCAAUGGCAAAGGAUGUUGUAACUAUAAAGAAUGAGAGCUUAAAAAUUGAUGCAGAUGCUAACUACAGGAGAACAUUACCUAAUGGGGAACUAAAUAAAGAAACAUCAUUAGAUUUUCAGAAAAAAAUUACUCCUGCCAAACAUGAGAAAGAAGAUUCUGAUUCCAGUUCCAUUUUGGGAAGCAAUAAAGGAUACAAACAGCUGUUGGAAAUAGAAAAGGAGGAUGAACUUCUAGAUCAGUCAGUUCAAUCUAGGAUUUUGACAAUGGAAAGAAUGAAAGCAAGUCGACAACAUUUUAUCCUUGUGGCAUCAUUCCUCGAUCGAAUUCCCAACCUUGCUGGAUUGGCACGGACAUGUGAGGUAUUUAAGGCAUCGGGAUUGGCCAUUGCAGAUGCAAGCAUAUUAAAUGACAAACAAUUCCAACUCAUCAGUGUGACAGCGGAGAAGUGGGUUCCCAUCAUAGAAGUCCCAGUAAACAGUGUGAAGCACUUCCUCGAGAAAAAGAAGCAAGAAGGCUUCUCUAUCUUGGGAUUGGAGCAAACAGCCAAUAGUGUACCGCUUGAUAAGUACACCUUUCCUAAGAAAACAGUCCUGGUUCUUGGGCGUGAAAAGGAGGGUAUACCUGUUGAUAUAAUCCAUAUACUGGACGCUUGCCUUGAGAUUCCACAACUGGGAGUGGUUAGGUCACUCAAUGUUCAUGUCAGUGGAGCCAUUGCUCUCUGGGAGUAUACUCGACAACAACGUUUUCAAUAGUUCUUUGCUUUAGAUAGGAGUUUCCUUGCAAUAUACAAUAUGCAGCGUAUCUUCACAAUACCUUCAGUGGCUACAGGCUGACUUUAUUGCUUCUGUAAUUUAUGUAUUUAAUGUUUCUGAGUUGCAAUGUUGUAAUAUCUGAUGAGGCUGUAUUCUUUGUUGAAUCGAAGCACCAAUGGUUCUCUUAACCAAAGAAUUUCGUGUUUAAUUCUUUUGAGUUGAAUUUCA